ACACACACACACACACACACACACACGCACGCACGCGCAGACAAAGGCAGAUAUGAGGUUUCGCGCGCGAAUGACAAACGCCAAGAACGUGGCGACCCUCACCAACAUUGUAACGGUGUUUCAGAAGGCAUGUAACUUCAAGCAGACGUGUCUGCGUAUCACACCAUCCAGACUUCACUUUACUGUGGACGAGGACUCUUUGAGCGAUUCCGAGCGCAUCUGGAUCGAAGUCUUGCAGGCCAACUUGUUUGAGUCCUUUGCCGUGCAAAGCUUGCAUCCACGAAGCGAAGUGUUGCUCCAGUUCAACCUCGACCACUUUGCCCGCGCACUGCGGUCUGCGUCAAACUGUCAUGAUUUGGUGAUCAAGCUGGCCAAGAAGCAGAACACGCCCUACCUCACCUUCAAAAUCGGCACGAUGUCAUCGACGGGGAUGACGCGGCAGAUUGUGCAGGAUGUGCCGGUGCUCGUGCGCCCUGCCGACGACAUUGACGCAAUCAUGCCGCCCGACCUCCCCAUUCCAGACGUGAACAUCUACAUGCCCGACAUCAAGCUGCUCCGCAACAUUGUUGACCGCAUGAAGGCCAUCGCGCAAGACAUUACGGUGCGCGCGAACAUGCGCGGGGAGCUGGAGCUGCUGGUGCAGUCUGAGAUUGUCACCGUCAAGACGUGUUUCAACAACCUGGACAACCCGCUCUGGCGCGACAACCAGACACCGACACACCCCCGCCCACCGGGAGCGUUUGCCUCUGCGAAGAUCAGCGCCCGCAAGAUUGCGCAAUUCAUUGGCGGCGCCUGUCUCGGCGACUCGAACAACCUCUUGCUCAGCAUUGGCUCACGGAACGUGAUUUUGUUUCUGCUGCACGAUGACCUGACCCUCACCUUCAUGCUGCCCAUUCUCUCAUAACCUGACGUGGUGAUUGUGCGUGUGUGUGUGUGUGUGUGUGUGUGU